GGUGUUAGCAGAAAAUUACAGCCGACCGAGUUUCCCCCGUCUGCUGUGUGUUUGUGGGAGUUUUCGGACAGCAUGAAAGUUAUCCCAAUGUCAAGGCUUAUCUCGUGACUCGUCCCAUCGCAGAUGCAGCGCAGCAGUCCCCGGGACUUGUUAUUAUUUGUGUAUCACUUCAACAUUGGUGGAUCACGGAGUCUGUGUCACCGGGAUCCAAUUAAUGUAAGUCAAUCAAUUUGUUUAGUUCAAGGUUACAUGACCAUUUUUUUGUUUAAUCUUCUUUAUUUACUUUAUUUUUCUUUGAAAUUUCCUUAUUAAUUUUGAGAACUUUUAUUUAUGACCCAUUCUCGCUCAACUAUAAAAUACUCCCUCUCUCCUUCUCCCUGUUUAUCCAAAAUAUCUCGGUCACUAUAGUCUUCACUUAAUAAAGUGUGUGUGUUGUUGUUUUUUUCGUUUUAAACCAUGGCGACACUAACCCAACCCCUUGAACCUGUAUUGUUGUUGUUGUUUUUUCUGAAGGACCAACUGUAUACACAUCACCUAUACCUGAGCGCAUCUGUCUUACAGAGACACAAACACUCACAAAUGCGUUUCUUUUCUUUAAAAAAAAAAAAAAAUUUGCAAAUUUUUUGCCAACCUGGGACGACAGUCUCAGAACUACACAUUUCAUGCCACGCUACCACAGACAGGUGUAGAUUGUAUUAAUGUGUGGAUAAGUAAGACACCCCGACGGCAGCAAUUGUUGACUUUGUAUAACGGAAAGACCCACUACCGACAGCUGUAGUUUUUUUUUUUUUAUAUGUAACAGCAUGGCACAAUGCACCAAAAUGUAAUCUAUAUACUAUACACUACAUGACUUUAAAUUUAUUUAUUUAAUAUUUUCUUCGUUACAGAAGAGAGUCAAUAUUUUGUUGAUCCCCCCCCUUCCUUUUCUCUCAAUCCAUUCUAUUCCUCCAACAUUCUCCCUUUCCCUCUUUUAUUUUAUCAAUACCUCUCUCUUACUUUCAUUUUUGGAGUCCAAAGUGACUGUCGUCCCCCCACCCCCCUCCACCCCCACACCCAUUGUUUUUUCAAGCUGUCGCUCCAUUUAUUCUUCAGUAAAUUCAAACAUGUCAGUCACGAGCAACCUUCAUCUAUUUGGCAGUAAGUUGCACGCCUUUUUGGACUUGAGUAACCUUCAUCUUUUUAAAUUCGGUGCAAAAGUUUUAGUUAAUGUUCAUGCCGUCUCAUUUGGGCAGCUGUGGAAUUCCUGAAAUUCUGGCCCGCGGACGAAAAUCUCAAUGUAGGAUUGGGCACGGACAGCGUGAUCGACCCUCUGAGGAUGUCCAAAAACCAAAAUCCGACCCCCUCGGCCCAAAAAGGUCUAACAUCUCUGCCUUACAGUCCCCACUGCAUAAGCACACCUGAAGUUUAUACGUUUGAUCGCUACCCUUCAAUCAUGACUUGGCUACACAUUUUUAGUGCAACUCUAAACCAGAAAUUCAACAGAAAUUUUUUUUUAAAAAGUCGACAAGACUUGAAUUUCGUUUAACCCGUUUUCCUGGAAAACAAUACAUCGUCCCGAUUGCCUGAUUUCCGAGAAAUACAAAAUUACCAGUAAGCAAAUAGAUACUGUAGGAAUCUGAACUGAUGAUUCAUUAUUUCCAAGGAAAGCCCACGGAUGCUGACUAGCUACACAUCUGGAUGUCUGGUGCAUCUUCGAUACAUUGUACACAUCCGGAUGUUCAGUGAAUCUUUGUUACUUCAUUUCACGUCUGAUAUGUUAAGUUUAUUGCUGUCAUAUCUGCACAUCUGGAUGUUUUAAUGGACAUCAAUCGAAUAUCACUCUGAAUUCAUAUCACCUCACCCCAUCCCCUCACCUCAUCGUAUCACCUUAUCACCUCAUAACAUUAUCUCGCAUUAUCUCAUAACCUCACAUCAUCACGUCAUCCCAUCACAUCACCCCAUCAACCCAUACACUGACCCCUAUAUCCCCAAUCACCUAAUAUUAUCACCUCCUCAUCACCACACCCCAUCAUCUCACCCCAUCACGUCAUUCCAUCACCACACCCCAUCAUCUCACCCCAUCACGUUAUUCAAUCACCACACCCCAAUCAUCUCACCCCAUCACGUCAUCCCAUCACCACACCCCUACACCUCAUCCCAUCACCACACCCCAUCCCCUCACCCUAUCACGUCAUUACAUCACCACACCCCAUCACCACACCCCAUCACCACACAUGCCCGGCAAUCACAGAAAAGCCUACUCUGUUUAGUCAGUUUAUCUAUCACCACACCCCAUCACCACACCCCAUCACCACACCCCAUCACCACACCCCAUCACCACACCCCAUCACCACACCCCAUCACGUUAUUCAAUCACAACACCCCAUCAUCUCACCCCAUCACGUUUUUCAAUCACCACACCCCAUCACCUCACCCCAUCACGUCAUUCCAUCAUAACACCCCAUCACCCCAUCCUGUCACCUCACUCAAUCACAUCACCUUAUCACCUCACCCCAUCACGUUAUUCAAUCACCACACCCCAUCAUCUCACCCCAUCACCUCACCCCAUCACCUCACCCAACACCUCAUACCAUCACCUCACCUCAUUACAUCACCUCAUCACCUUUUUCCACGUAAAAAAACUCGUCCCCAGUCUCAUGUUGUUUACUAACAAUAAUGCAUGUGGCCUUGUUUUAAAGUAGACCAAAGCUUGUCUUGUGUAGACCGCUCUGACCCUUCUAACCUAUUUACUGGGGCUGGCUCGUUAGUCUUAUUUUGAGAACGCAACACAGACACAAAAAUCUAGUUGCUAGUAAAUAAAAGUGCAUGAUGUUCACUAGCACGUAAUGGCGGGUCGUGUUGGUGGAACUACUCACUACUCACUGCUGUCAUGUAGUGAACAAAAUAAGACCCCAACAAAUAUUACGGUUUGGUGCACACGUUACAGCAAACAACCAAAUUAAUACAUCUACCGUUAUUAACAUGAAAUGUUUUUUAAAAGUUUGUAAAAGUUUGUAGUUUAAUUUUUUUCACGUAUUCUGAGCCUGAAUUCGGCCAUUAUGAACACCAUUUAUUGAUGUUCACGUCCAAUGGUGGACUGGCCAGGGUGUCAGCUUGUCCCCCCUCCCCCCACUACCUCCCCUGAUGAGGUGGCCCAGCGGCGAAGCUAAGGUAAGUGCCCCCAAGAUUUGUGCCGCAGAACAACAUGAAAACAUUCUGCAGUUGUCCGAAAAAAGCCACCCCUCCAUUUAUAAAAGAAAAAAAAUGCUGCCCAGGGUGGACCCUCCCUCCCUAUUCCAGUGCCAGGGACAGUGCCCCCCCCCCCACCCUUUUAAAUAUUAAACACUAUUUUGGUCCCAUUUUAUGAACAUUUUAUACUCUUAUAGUACUCUAUGACACCCUUUCUAAUUUCCCCUGUAGUCCGCACUACUAAGCUGGAAUUCUCGAUGAUAGUACGGCAAAUUAAGAUGUAAGCUUUUGAUACCAGUAUGCAGUACGAUCCGUUUUUGUGUUGUCUCUUAUCCACAGAAUGGCAAUGUCGUAACGGAACAAUGACUUGGCAACACUGGAAAGCGGCUGUUUGUCUACCGCUCGAUUGGUUAUUUCGUCACACGUGCAGGGUACACUCAACAACACUUUCAGAAACCUUGCAUAAAAAGUAUUCAUAUUUGAAAUAAGCAUCGAAUUAUACAUUUUCAUACAUUUUUCUACAUUAACUUCCAGGUACAAGAGGAACGGAAAUAAGGAUAAACUCAGUGGCAUCGUGGGGAUUCUCCCUUUUUCUUUUGCCAUCUCAACCGAACAAUAAAACAAGACGAAAAUGGCCGCUUCUUUCCCGGAAAUCAUCGCCAAGAAACGAGACGGGAAAGAACUGAAUGAUGAAGAGAUCAAGUCGUUUGUCAGCGGCGUCACCGAGAGCUCCUUGGCAGAGGCACAGAUUGGUAAGAGGGGGCUCAAACAAUUGUAGGCGGUUGUGAUCAAACGCUUGGCUAAUAUCACAAUGACACAACAAUUUUCUCUUUUGAUUCAUAACACACCGUUUAGUUGUUGUAGUUUUUUUGCCCAGAAAACAGCGAUUGCGUGUACAAUUCAUUAAACAACAUUACUACAGUCAAUCAAAUAUGAGCCCGUAUUUUUUGAUGAUCAACAAUUUGACAUAAUUUAAACAUUUGGUGCUUCAUUCAGUGGUUCAUUGGUAAUGUUAUGUAUAACGUUUUACACGAUUUCCCCGUGCGUGAACUUUCCUUGACCUUAAAUUAGAUUCUUAAGCAGAGGCUCACUUCAUAGAUGGGCGGGGCUAGUUCUUUUGAUCUAUCGUGUUUACCAAUUAAACAUGGUUAGACUGUCUCCUGGUAUCUUUUUGAAUGAUCUUGAUUUGUUCUAGAAAUGUAAACAAAUGCUGAGUAACUUCUGGAAGGCAGGGCUUACGCGUCGGUAGACCAAUAUAUAAAGGAUUGACAGGCACACAGAGGGACGGAGCUUUAGAUAGAAAUUAUUAACUUUACGAGGCGUGUAUUAUUAUUUGUGUAUUAGUGUGCUCAUAUGUGUUUAUUUCGCAUUCAUCAUUUGUAAUUGGCACAUUUUAUUAACUGUGUACCGAUACAAGAUCUACCAUACUGUAAGUUAAUGAUUUGUAAGGAUAUUUCUUUUGUUUCGUAAUUACAUUAAUACUUAAUAAAUCUUAUUAAUUGUAACUAGCAACUGUUUUGGGCGUCGUAUCUUUAAUAUUGUUGACUCUAUGGUAUGGUCCUUUGUUAGGCACUGUUUGAACGAGCCAUAAAAUUAAAAAUAAGAGAUUAAUUUCUCACAAGAGAAGCCAGUGCGCAACAGUAAUUUAAAAUGAAUUAUUUUGAGCUGAAGCCAAAGAUAAACGAAAAUCUCAUACCAGAGGAUUUUGGCCAUUGAAAGAAAUCCCAAAGUGCUAACUAUACCCGUCAGCGUGAUAAGAAGGUUAUGACACUAACGAGCUAAAUGGUUAAGAACACAUGUACUAAUGCAUAUUAUUUCUCAAAUGUUGCGUUCUGAAGGCUCUGCAAGGGUGUCUGGGAGUGAAGGGGUCUCAGUCUUGUCACCUAGCUUAAAGUGUAUAGGGCAAUCGUAUUAACAUCUCUCCAAUAUGCUUUCGAGACUUGUACGGUUUACAGCAGACAUGCUAGACAACUAACAAUCUCCACCUUUCGAUGUAUACUCUACGCAAUCUUCCUGGCAUAAGAUGGCAGGACAACGUACCUGAUACAGAAAUCAUAAAACAGACUGACUUUAUCAGCAUUCACACGAUCCUUAAAAAUAAGGCAAGACUUUUGGGCAGGACAAGCUGGUGAGACAGAAUUACUGUUGGAGCACAGACGGACUCACUGUAUGAGCACAGACGGACUCAAUUUUGGAGCACAGACAGGCUCACUGUUGGAGCACAGACAGACUCACCGUCGGAGCACAGACAGACUCACUGUCGGAGCACAGACAGACUCACUGUCGGAGCACAGACAGACUCACCGUUGGAGCACAGACAUACACACUUUUUGGGCACUGUAUUUAUAGAUUAAACGCACAGCUCUCGCCCAAAUAAUGAGCACAGCAAAUCAAAAUAAUGUAGAAUCGCCUCAAAUCGAACCAGAACCAAACAAAAAAACAACGGAUGUCUCGUACAUGCGGGAAAGCUUUCCAGGCACAACUAGGACUGGCAUAGCAACCUGCGUACUGAAGGAUGACCAACAUUAUUUCACUUAAAUGUUUCAUGUAAAAAAAAUAAAUCUUGAUGGAGUCAGUGGAGUAAUUAAAUGUUUAUUGGUUGGUGGGUCGACAGAAGUAGUAUAGUUAUUUGCAACAAGGCCUGAAAAUUAAUUAUAUUUUUAAAAGCCAGAGAUAAAUUUAUACAGUGUUAAAAAGACGCGUUUACUACCCAAAAAAAAAAUCGAACUUUUGAAUUACAGAUGAUUUCAACUCAUUCAAAGCUAGGACUGCUUCGCCAAUGGGUCUCUCUUUUUUUCAGUCACGCUGGACACCUUAUGGGGUCACGACUUUAAUUUAGAACAUUUCACAUGGAAUCAGUGAUCUUAAACGAAAAUGCCCUUACAGCAAUAGGUCAUAGACCAUAAACACAACUGUCCAUUGUAACUAUAGACCAUAAAUACAACUGCCCAUUGUAACUAUAGACCAUAAACACAACUGUCCAUUGUAAAUAUAGACCAUAAACACGACUGUCCAUUGUAACUAUAGACCAUAAACACAACUGUCCUUUAUAACUAUAGACCAUAAAACACAACUGUCCAUUGUAACUAUAGACCAUAAAGACAUCUGUCCAUUAUAACUAUAGACCAUAAACACAAUCGUCCAUUGUAAACAUCGGCCAUAAAUACAACUGCCCAUUGUAAACAUAGACCAUAAAUACAACUGAUUAUUCCAAAUUUCCCACUUCCUCACAGGAGCGAUGCUGAUGGCCAUUUAUAUCAGGGGACUCUGCAGACGAGAGAUCGCAUCACUGACCCGGGAGAUGACUCACUCGGGCACAACGUUGACCUGGCCCAGCGAGUGGUCAGGUCGACUUGUGGAUAAACACAGUACUGGAGGGGUCGGCGACAAGGUCAGCCUGGUCUUGGCCCCAGCUCUAGCGGCAUUUGGACUAAAGGUGCCUGUGCUGUUGGCUCAUUAUUACGUUUUGGUUAUAAUGGCUUACGUCAUCAGCUGAUACAUUAGUCUCUUUUUAAAAAAAAAAACUAUUUAUAUUAACUUCCAUUUUGUGAAUGGGUGGCUGACUGAGUGGCAAAAUCUUCGGUCGGCUAAUUGACCCACUUCCCGUCAACCUAGCGAGCUCAAACUUGACACAUUGUUUCGUUGCCAAUGAAAACGUGUUCUAUCAGAUUUUCAGCCCCCCUUUUCCUUUUGAUCGAUAUUACAUUGAUAAAGUAUUAAUAAGGCAUUUGUGUUUCAAGGGUUUUUUUUAACUGCAGUUUAAAAUUAGAUUUUAUUAUGUGAUCUUUUAUAAGUGCACUUAGGAUUAUUUAUUUUACGGCACCAUCUUUAUCAAGUAUGAAAAGAAUUCACAAAUGCAAAAUGACCGACUGAUUUCAAAAUAAUAUAAUGGGCAUCUUCCAUUACAAGAUAUUUACUCUUAUAAUCAAACCAUGCAUGAUUUUUUGAGAGGGUCCAGUUUUGUUGAACGCAGGUCACACAAUUUCCUAAAAAAAUCAUGUUUCUGUCUAAGGUCCCCAUGAUCUCUGGCCGAGGAUUGGCUCACACCGGAGGGACACUGGACAAGCUGGAGGCCAUACCCGGGUUCAGAGUAGCGCUGUCGGCCCAAGAGAUGGUGGACAUACUCUCGUCUGUCGGCUGCUUCAUCGCCGGGCAGACGGGGGACAUCUGUCCAGCCGACCGGAAGACGUACGCGAUACGUGACGUCACGGCAACAGUUGACGACAUAGGGCUAGUCACGGGUGAGUUGACCAAAGUGUGGAAUGUUGAAUGCUUUUCGUGUUUGGUUGUUGUUGUUGUUGUUGUUUUUUUGUUGUUUUUAUAUAUGUGUGUGUGUGUGUGUAUGUAUGACUUGAACACCGUCAGUUUUAAAGGGUUUUAACAAUUUUCCGUCGUGCUCACCUCUAAUAGCCUACCAUUAAAUAAAAUACAGAUCUUUAAGCGAGUGGUACAACGGCUUCACUAAAUUCUUUGCCAAUGAUGAUUGUUACCAAAUUCAGAUUGCUUUACAAGUUUAUGUUAGCGUCUAGAGUGCCUAAAAUAUUUAUUAUUAUUAUUAUCAUUUAAGACUUGCGUUAUUUUAGCAUCCAUUGUAUCCAAGAAGGCUGCGGAAAAUAUUGACGCUCUUGUCCUGGACGUGAAGACUGGAAGUGGGGCUUUCUUCGCGGACACUGAGAGGGCUGCAAGACUGGCGGAAUCUAUGGUAAGUCUGUGGAUUUAAGCCCUGGAUAAACAGUUUAAGGUGUGAGAAACAGUUUAAGGUGUGAGAAACGGUUUAAGGUGUGAGAAACAGUUUAAGGUGUGAGAAACGGUUUAAGGUGUGAGAAACGGUUUAAGGUGUGAGAAACGGUUUAAGGUGUGAGAAACAGUUUAAGGUGUGAGAAACGGUUUAAGGUGUGAGAAACGGUUUAAGGUUUGAGAAACAGUUUAAGGUGUGAGAAACGGUUUAAGGUGUGAGAAACGGUUUAAGGUGUGAGAAACGGUUAAAGGUGUGAGAAACGGUUUAAGGUGUGAGAAACAGUUUAAGGUGUGAGAAACGGUUUAAGGUGUGAGAAACGGUUUAAAGUGUGAGAAACGGUUUAAGGUGUGAGAAACAGUUUAAGGUGUGAGAAACGGUUUAAGGUGUGAGAAACGGUUUAAGGUUUGAGAAACAGUUUAAGGUGUGAGAAACAGUUUAAGGUGUGAGAAACGGUUUAAGGUGUGAGAAACGGUUUAAGGUGUGAGAAACGGUUUAAGGUGUGAGAAACGGUUUAAGGUGUGAGAAACGGUUUAAGAUGUUGGGAAACCGUUUAAGAUGUUGGGAGACAGUUUAAGAUGUUGGGAGACAGUUUAAGAUGUUUGAAAACAGUUUAAGAUUUUGGGUGACAGUUUAAGAUGUUUGGAAACAGUUUAAGAUGUUUGGAAACAGUUUAAGAUGUUUGGAAACAGUUUAAGAUGUUUGGAGACAGUUUAAGAUGUUGGGAGACAGUUUAAGAUGUUUGGAAACAGUUUAAGAUGUUUGGAAACAGUUUAAGAUGUUGGGUGACAAUUUAAGAUGUUGGGAAACAGUUUACGAUGUUGGGAAACAGUUUACGAUGCUGAAAAACAGUUUAUGAUGUUGGUAGACAGUUUAAGAUGUUUGGAAACAGUUUAAGAUGUUGGGGAACAUGAUUGAGAAACAGUUUAAGAUUUUGCGAAACAGUAUGAGGCUUUGAGAAACAGUUUAAGAUGAUGCGAAACAUUUUUCACAUGUCGAGGAAAAAGUUUAAGAUUUUGAGAAACAUGUGUUUCCGUGAGAAUUUUGGAAAUACAAAUACAUGAUUGAAAACAACUGGCUCCUACUUCUGAACUUUUAAAAACUAAGAGAAUGUAAAAAGUGUGAUCAAGUUCUAAUCUAGAAUCUUGGUAGACAGGCAGUCAAUGGCUACAUGUGUUGAUCUGAGGACGGUGUGACAUUGAGUGGGAACAGACAUUGGCCCACUUUAUUUUUUGAGGGAAAUGCUAUCGGGGACAUAUUUAGGGUUGGUGUCACCAGGGGUGACGUAGCUAGGGUUGGUGUCACCAGGGGCUAAUCGUAGAAAAACCCUUCGUAAUUGGCCACAAAGGUCGUAUUUCCAUAUAUGGAGAGAAGAAAGUGUCGUCCUAGACCCCACCCUUCCUACGCCCCUGUAUGCUAGUCCUCUUAGGAGUUGAUUUCUUGUAAAUUGUCUGAGAUCUAAGCUUUAUGGACCAUAAGCUAAUUGACAAGCCUUCUUUUAAAGGCUAACGGAAGAGACCAAUCUGUACUUAAUUUGAUAUCUUUUAUACCAGUAGUAUCUUAUGGGCACUCUUGACAAGUGUGGUGGUUUCAUAUGUUCAGGUUUCCUGUAGCCAGAAUCUCGGCACGAAGACCGUCGCUUUGCUGACUGACAUGGAUUCGCCCAUUGGGAACAUGGUAGGCAACGCCCUUGAGGUGGUCGAGUCCAUCUGGUGUUUACAGGGAAGAGGUCCUCGUGAUCUGCUGGAUCUGACCUGCAGUUUAGGUAAAUCGUGGUUUUUCUUUUAUACUACCCUGCCGUCCUGUUCGAGGUUUCUAACCAAUCAAUAAGCCUUAAACGGGACCUACAAAAGGAAGCCUCUUCUAAUGUUUGUACAUUUGUUUCUUAUAAGCUAUAUUAUCAUUUUCUAUAGACGUUAUAUAUUUCAUAAACUACAUAUGCAGUGAAGUCGUAUUCUUGAUAGUCACUCUUAGUCACUCACAAAAGAUUCGUGUUAAUCAAAGGCGCAAGUGCCGCCCGGGACGGGUCCAUAUUUUUGCCACGAAAGAAAACUCUGAAAUUGGCCGAAAAUGCCAGCCUUCCAUUUAAAGAAAAAAAAGUAUCGCCUUGUUCGGACCACCCCCCCCCCCCCCCCUUCGAAAACCCCCCUCCCGUCCCCCCCCCCCCUUUCCGAACCCCCAUUCUUUCGCCAGUGGUAUUUACUUAAAUCAAGAAUAUGAUCAACUCUGAUCAAUCGCCAGGUGGUCAUCUACUUCAUGCCGGGGGUUUUGUGGACAGUGUCACUGUCGGCGUAGAGAGCGUUCGAAAUCAGAUUGACAACGGGCAGGCUCUGUCCAAAUUCCGUGACAUGUUGAAAGCCCAGGGUGUGGAGCGGCAGCUGGCGGACGAUAUCUGUGACCCGGGCAUUGAUCCCCGGAGUAGGCUACCGCAGUCGAAACACAAAACAGAGUUCACGUGCGUAUCGUCAGGUAACUCUAUAAAAUUAAAUCUAACAUUGUACAUGGAACACCUAGACGUAAGCCAAGAUACAGUCUAACAUUGUACAGAGGUCAUCUAAAGUAAGCCAAGAUUAAGUCUAUCAUUGUUCACGGACCAUUUAAAAGUUUUCCAAGAUAAAGUCUAAUAUUUAAUAUGGACCAUCUAAAAGUAAGCCAAGAUUAAAUCUAACAUUGUUAAUAAUCCAUCUAAAGUAAGCCAAGAUUACCUCUAACGUUGAACAUGGGCCAAUUAAAAGUAAGCCAAGAUUAAGGCUCACCCUUAGGCUAUGGAUGGACAGACCUGGAGUCUUUUUACUCUACUUAGUUGUUUUUUGUUUUUUUUGGAAAAGGGGGGCGGGGGGUUAAAUAGAAAACCUUUAUAUUCGUUGACCAUGAGUUUCAUUAAGGAAUUCCUUGAACACAUGUUGCGGUUUAGAAAAAAAUCUUCUCGUUAAAACAGACCUUAACAAUUGGUGAGGGUUUUAGUAGGAUCCAACCAGCAGAUCAGAGUUAGUAAAGACCUAACCAGUAGACGAGGAUUGGCAUAAGUCCUAACCAGUAGAUGAGGGUUGACAAAGGUCCUAACCAGUAGAUGGGGGUUGACAAAGGACCUAAAGAGUAGAUGGGGGUUGCCAAAGGACCUAACCAGUAGACGAGGAUUGUCACAAGUUCUAACCAGUAGAUGGGGGUUGACAAAGGACCUAACCAGUAGAUGGGGGUUGUCAAAGGAGCUAACCAGUAGAUGGGGGUUGAAAAAGGUCCUAACCAGUAGAUGGGGGUUGUCAAAGUACCUAACCAGUAGAGGGGGUUGUCAAAGGACCUAACCAGUAGAUGGGGGUUGACAAAGGACCUAAACAGUAGAUGGGGGUUGCCAAAGGACCUAACCAGUAGACGAGGAUUGGCACAAGUUCUAACCAGUAGAUGGGGGUUGACAAAGGACCUAACCAUUAGACGAGGAUUGGCACAAGUUCUAACCAGUAUAUAGGGGUUGACAAAGGUCCUAACCAGUAUAUGGAUGUUGGCAAAGGUCCUAACCAGUAGAUGGGGGUUGACAAAGGUCCUAACCAGUAAACGAGGGAUGCCAUAUGACCUAACCAGUAAAUCAUGGUUGGGUUCUUUUUACCUCAACUUGCACAACCAGGUUUAUUUGAGAAGAUCAAUCAUUUUCGAAUAUUCCACCAAUUCAGAAUGAGCUAUGCUAAUUUUUAAUUCCGAUCUGAAAAAAAUAAAAUAAUUGGACUAUUCCAAACCAAUGGGCGCACUAAUUAGCAUUUACGGUUUAAUAGUUGACAACCGCAUUGGUUGGUAUCUUGUACUCAUUACGAACAGCCUGAUCACGUGACCCAAUCUGACUAUCCCCCGUUGACAGGUUAUGUUAGACGUGUCGAUGCCAUGGACAUUGCCGUGGUUUCCCACAAGCUGGGGGCCGGUAGAAACCUGCCAGGGGAGCCUGUCAACCUGGCAGUUGGUCUGGAGCUUCUGGUGGACAUCGGGGACCAGGUCCAAACAGGUUAGGCUAGUUUCAACUUCAUCGGGGGUCUCGUUUGAACGUCUCGGUGUCUAUGUUCUUAGUUAAAUGGGCUCCAGUAUUCGAUCAUACGAAUCCCCACAAAUCAUUUCAUGCGAAUACAAGUCGUCACGAAUUAAAAAAUAGUAAUAAUUAAACUUAUAUUGUUAAUUUACCAUAAAUCAGAGUUCGCAGGCUAUUUUUUUUUAAAAGGUGAUUUUACGGCUUAUGGUGGCAAUGAGAAAAAUGAAGCCAUGAAAAUGAAAAACUUCUAAAAAGUAUUAUUUUACUUAAGCUUUUUAUUAGAUAUGGGCCUAUAUACUAAUUCAAGUUUGAAAUCUUUUCUUACACGUUGAGUGAAAAUCAUCAUUUAAUAUUUGUAUGCAGAGAUAAAUAAUAAUGUUGACCAACGUCGAUUGUUUACAACUCAUGAUUUCAUUGAAAGUUGUUAUUGUUAUUUUUAAAUAACAUAUUACACUAAAACAUUAUCAGGAAAUUGAAAAUUGUAAGUUAUUUUCGCCAAAUUUUGGUCUACACAAUGGUAAUGCGCUUGCCCCCUCCCACAGGGUUAAUGCUCUCGCCCCCUCCCUAAGAGUAAUGCUCUCGCCCCCCCCCCCAAGGGUAAUGCUCUCGUGUUAUUUUCGCCAAAUUGUGGUUUACACAAUGGUAAUGCGCUUGCCCCCUCCCACAGGGUUAAUGCUCUCCCCCCCUCCCUAAGGGUCAUGCUCUCGCCCCCCCCCCCAAGGGUAAUGCUCUCGCCCCCAGGGGUAAUGCUCUCGCCCCCCAAGGGUAAUGCUCUCGCCCCCAGGGGUAAUGCUCUCGCCCCCCAAGGGUAAUGCUCUCGCCCCCAAAGGGUAAUGCUCUCGCCCCCAAGGGUAAUCCUGUUGCUACCCCUACCUAAUCCUGUUACGCUAGUUAAUUCUUGGUAUACAUGGGCCAUUAGAAGUUUCUUAAUACAUUUGACAGUAGUCCGUUUAAGGCCCUUGAAGCAUUCAUAAUUAUAGUAUUUAAAACAAAUAUUUAUUUUUUUACAGACCAAGCUUGGGUCAGACUUUACCAUGACGAGCCUCUUUCUGACCACGUGACUGACCGUCUGAAGAAGGCCCUAGAAAUAAGUGGAGAGUUUGUGCAGCGUCUCGUCUCUAGAGUACAGCGUGUGAUUGGGGAAUAACGGUGGCAACACCAUACUCUAGAUUAUAGAGUGUGAUUGGGGAACAAUGGUGGCAACAUUAGACUCUAGAUUACAGAGUGUGAUUGGGGAACACAAUGUUGAACUUAAACAAAAAUAACACAAAUAUGACGGUAUAUGAAGUGGUGAAAAGUGGUAGAACGAAGCAAAAGUGCGCCAAACUUUAAUCAGAAUGAUAAACAACUAUUUAAACUUUGAAUACCGGGAAUUCAAGCCUGCUAACUUCACUAAUGAAUGAUGGACCUCACGUGACAGGUUGCCUUGACAAUGUCCGAGGAGUUCAUUUGAACGAACGGCCAGCACUCGAGAGUUUUCACCUGUCAUCUGGCCCCUUUGCCCCAACACUUGCUUUGUAAUUCUGAUUGUGUAUAUAACAUCGAAUUCAUCCGUCAUACGGAAGUCUAGUCGGGGAUGGUGAUACAUGCAGUUUGCAUGAACUCACGGAAGUCAUGUGCCUUAUAUAUAUAUACAUAUAUAAUAUAUACCGGUGAUUUUUGUUGUGAGAAAUUCUCAUUGUUGUCAGCUAACAGCAUUUGACCCAAUAUUCCAGCAAUUGGUAGAUAUUUUCUUAUUUGUUUGCAUCUUUGACAUUUUUAAUUUGUCAUAGCACAUACAAAUUACCGGUGUUUUAUUUUUUGGCUGGAUUAGUGCAGGACACCUUCUGUUAUUUUAGUCGUAAUUAGAGUAGUCAAGAUGCCUCGGGAAUGUGUUAUUGUUGUAAAUUGAGUGGGCAAGACGGCUUCAGGAAAUCGUUGUAGAUGUAAAUUAAAUCGAGCAGGCAAGAUGCUUUCGGAGAUUUUUUUUAGCAAAUGUGUUAACUUUUGUUGUUGUUGUUGUUGUUGUACUGCUUAAAUUCUUCCGUGUGCACCAGGUGUUGAAUUUGAUUAUAGCUUUCCUGCUGCUGCAGAUAUUCUGUUGCUCUCACUGUUUGGAGAUAUUCUGUUGUUUUUUUUAAGCUGUUAUUUUUUGGAAGGCUGGCAAAAAUAGUACGUACAUACCAUGCAUUCACUACCAUUUGAAAUGUUCUGUCGUUGUAGACAUACUUAUCCUAGAUAUCUGAAUGGUAUACAUUUAAAUAUGUAAAUGAAGAAUGAAGGGUAUACAUUUAAAUAUGUAAAUGAAGAAUGAUUUGUAUGGUCAAAUAAAGAAUAAAUAAAUAUUAUUUUUUUACCAUUAUGGCUUUCAUCAACCUCUCCAACUUUGGGUUCAGAAGACCAAGAAAAAGAAAAUCGGGUUUAUUCGCAUUUUUAAAAAGCAUUUUUUUUUAUUGUGGGGUUGAGGGGAAAUAUGUUCCCAAAUUCGAGGUGGAUGUCAGGGAAAUGUUUUGUUAGCAGGGAAUGGGAAGGGGAAGGGGGAUGUGCUGUAACACAAAAAAGUUUAAGAAUCCCUAGAGUAUAAUAUAUAUAUCAUGAUGGCUUAUCUUUGAUAUAUUUAUCCAAAGAGAUAAGCAAUUACAAUGUUAUAUUCCGAGGUUAACACUAUUUAAUGGCUGUACUGGGUGGGGAGCCGUCAACUCACGGCUGAGGUCAAGGAUCAUGACGCUGACAUCUAUGACCUCGCCAAUGACCUUUCAGUUGACCUCAAACAGGCCUCCUCGUUCAACCCGGCUAUUGCAUAGAGUUGUGAUAUCAAACCGGUGUUACCGUUAUCAGGUAACAUGUCCGAAACUGUACAGCCACACGGGGUGGUUAGGCCAAUCCCCUGAGCCAGGGAUUCCAAAGCCUGUCGGGAUCACCCUCAGUGAUUACUUCAAAAUUUUCCCCGGGGGGGGGUGGGGGGGGGCACUUCAGACUUUUUUUCAGAUUUUUUUUUGGGGGGGUGGGCAGUGCCAUCAGUGCCCGUUGAUUUAUUGUUGGAUAUAUUUUUGCUCCGGGGGCACUUGGCCGCCCCCCUCUCCCCGGAGAUAUAGCUGAAAGAAACCCUGAUCACCCUCCCCACACCCCACCCCACACACAUACACCGGGAUGCAGCGAUGUGGUAUAUGAUU